UGCACAGUCGAGCAAGUUCCUGGGAAAUCAAAACAAACACAGCAGACACACUGUAGCUAAUGUCAGUGAAAGCUUACUGAAAGCUGUAUCUGUUAGCGAUCAGCCUGCUGUCUCAUCAUGCUACUGAAAUCAUGCUGCAUUUACAGCGUAGGAGUUUUAUCUUUGCUAUUCUUGAUCACGGGCAUUUCUUUGGUCUUGAAUAACGUAUUUCCACAUUUAUUGCAGUCGGUAGUUAAAAAGGAAGUAGUUUUGAAGAAUGGCACAGAGGCAUUUGAGGCCUGGGAGAAUCCACCAGCACCCAUCUACAUGCAGUUUUACUUCUUUAACCUGACCAAUCCCCUAGAGGUGCUGGAUGGGGAAAGGCCUGCUGUGGUGGAGAUUGGACCAUACACGUACAGGGAGUACCGGCCUAUGGAGCAAGUGAACUUCCAGGAUAAUGGCACUAAAGUAACAGCUGUCAAUACUAAAACCUACUUAUUCCAGCGUAACAUGUCUCGAGGUCCAGAGAGUGACCUCAUCAGGACAGUCAACGUCCCUGCCUUGACGGUAAUGGAGAGAUUCAAGGACGAGCCUUUCUUUGACAGUCUGAUCUCCUCCUACAUGAAGUCCACUGACGAAGGCCUGUUCACCACCCGCACAGUGGGGGAGCUGCUGUGGGGAUAUGAAGAUGCCCUGCUCAGAGCCAUCCAAACUGUAAAACCUGAUCUGGAUGAUGUAUUCGGACUCUUCUAUAAGACCAAUGCUUCCAACGACGGUGAAUAUAUGUUCUUCACUGGCCAGCAAAACUACAAGGACUUUGCUAGAGUUGAUACAUGGAACGGUGAAAGCUCGCUGAAUUGGUGGACAUCUGAUGAGUGCAACAUGAUUAAUGGAACCAACGGAGCAUCUUUCCAUCCGGUCAUCACCAAGACCGAGAAGCUCUACAUGUUCUCCUCUGACCUGUGCAGGUCUCUGUACGCUUUGUAUGAGGAGGAUGUGACAGUGAAAGGGAUCCAUGGGUAUCGCUUCGCUCCCCCCAGUGAGGUGUUUGCCAAUAUGACCGUGAAUCCAGCAAACGCAGGCUUCUGUGUCCCUGCUGGAAAUUGCCUGGGCUCUGGUGUGUUGAAUGUCAGCGGAUGUAAACAAGGAGCUCCCAUCAUCAUGUCUUCACCACACUUCUACCAGGCAGAUGAGAAAUUUGUUGAGGAUAUAUUUGGUAUGAAGCCUAACAAGGAAGAGCAUGAGACUACCAUUGAUAUCGAUCCGCUAACGGGAAUCAUUCUGCAAGCAGCAAAGCGGAUCCAGGUCAACGUGUAUGUGGAAAAAAUUCCCAGCUUCAGUCAAACAGGAAACGUGAGGACAAUGGUCUUGCCUGUGGUUUACCUAAAUGAGAGCGUUGUCAUUGACGACGAGUCAGUCAUGAAGCUGAAGGUGAUUGCUGUCGAGCAGAAUGUUGUGGUCAACAUUCCGUUCAUGCUGAUUGGCGCAGGCAUCAUUCUGGGAGGAAUCUUCAUGUUCCUGAUGUGUCGACAAAAGAUUCCUGAGAGCACUGCUGCUGAACGACAGCCCCUGCUCUCAUCAUAGCACCAAACAGGAUUUGAAAAGAAGACGAUUGUCACGUUUGCAGUAUAACUCAACAUCUCAUGGGUUCAGUAACAGUUUCACCCCUAAGUAACAGUUUCAAAGUGUCCAUUGUUAACAAGAAUUACUCCUUUUAAUCUGUUUUUAAGUCUGUUGGUUUAAGAAGGUGAAAGGAAAGAAGGAAGUGAAGUGUUUUUUUCUUUCUUACAGGGAUGGGACUAAUGUCUUCCUCUCAUUUCAGUUGUAAUGAUGCUGAAAUCCCCUUUUUUUUUCUUUUUUUUUUUCAAAUCUUUAAUUGACUUUAUUUUUCUUUUUAAUUCUCAAUAUGUGGCUUAGAACCUGAGCAGAAUAAUUGAACUCUCCUUCAAAAUCUGAUUUAGAUCCUCUAGAGAGACGGGUCAGAACAAAUCCAGAAAUUAAAGGAUUUACAGUGGUUUGGUGAGACUGUUGAGGCGGCACGAAUAAGAAACGCUAAAGAAAUGUCCUCUUGUUCCUCUUUCACAUAAUUUUUAUUUCUAGACAUAAACCAAGUGAACAAAGUCAAGCUCUGCAAAAUAGCUGGCAGAUCUUUUUAUCGCUAUUGUGAUGACUAUUAUUUCCGUAGCCUAAAAUUUGCUGCUCUCAGAAAAUGGUUCUCAUGUUGUUUCGAUAUCGUCAUUUUCAGUCAUGCCCUGUCCUCCUUUUCAUUUAGACUUAUCACUCAGUCUCCUGAGGUGUCUGAAGCUCUGAAUCUAUCGUGAAUCAGAUCAGCUUCAUUUCAAAACCAUGUACCCUGCUCUAGCUUUCGGUGGAAACACAGUAAUCUACAGUACACAUGUAUAUAGUAUGAUGUGGAAUAACAGCCAAAUAGUAUUACUUCAACAGUGGCAAUAUAAAGGGAAGGUUGUUUUUUUUGCCAGGUGUGGAUGUUUUGUUUCAAUAUGCGCUACUUUCUUUCCCCUAAUUCCAAUAUGUCGGCAUGAAUGUGUGAUUUUUAAUUUCUACAGAUAUUAUGUUAAAAUCAGUGUAUACAGAGACACUACUGAUAAACUUUUUUUGCAAAUAUUAAAUAAUGUAUACCUUUUUAACCUCUAUGAUUUUUACUUUUAAAUUCUGCAUUUCUGAAUGUUAUUAGAUUAAUGGAACUUUAUUUAAAGUUUGCAGAAACAUACAGUGUUUUUUUGUUUUGGGCUACAGCUGUUUGGAUAGCUCACUCCUAAAACCUAAUGGCUUUUCUGUCCAGAACUAUACAGAAUGUUAUUAAAAUGUGUCCGUUUUAACCAAUGUUUCAAACACAUCACUGACAAGCUGUCUACCAUUAAUGUAGUUGUGGAGGUUUUUUUAUAUGUUAUCUUAUAUAUAAGAUAAUAUUGUGUGCACCACUGCUACUGCAUAGUAAAAUCAAUACAUAAUCACUGUUUACAUAUAAUGGUUCACGUAUCCAACAAUUUGCACAUUGUCUUGUCAUUUGCUACAACCUCAAUAAACUCUGUGUGCUUCAUGUUC